AUUGAAUUUGCACUCCUCACUCACUCUCUCUCUCUCUCUCCAAAAAGUGGCUCAGAUCUCCACCUCCACCUACACACGUAGGAGAAAACAUUCCCACUAUACAUACACACCUAUACGUACAUCUCCAUGACCAGAUCUUGAAAAUCCGCCACAAUCACAAAAAAUGGGCCACCUGAGCCUCCCCUCAUCCAAACGCAACAACCCCCGCCAGUGGCGCCUCCUCGACCUUAUCUCCGCCGCCUUCUUCGCCGCCGUCCUCUUGUUCUUCCUCCUCGUCUUCACCCCGCUCGGCGACUCCCUCGCGGCGUCGGGGCGGCAGGCGCUGCUCCGCUCGUCCUCCGAUCCGAGGCAGCGCGGCCGCCUCGUGGCGCUGGUGGAGUCGGGACACCAGCAGACCGUCGAGUCCUGCCCAGCCGACGCCGUCGACCACAUGCCGUGCGAGGAUCCGAGGCGGAACAGUCAGUUGAGUAGGGAGAUGAAUUUUUACAGGGAGAGGCAUUGUCCGCCGCCCGAGGAGACGCCGCUUUGCUUGAUCCCGCCGCCAACGGGGUACCGCGUCCCGGUCCAGUGGCCGGAGAGCUUGAACAAGAUAUGGCAUAGCAACAUGCCACACAAUAAGAUAGCUGACAGGAAAGGCCAUCAAGGAUGGAUGAAAGCAGAAGGCCCAUACUUCAUUUUUCCUGGUGGUGGCACAAUGUUCCCAGAUGGAGCUAUACAGUACAUUGAGAAACUUAAACAGUACAUUCCCAUAGCAGAUGGAGUUCUGAGGACAGCUCUUGAUAUGGGAUGUGGGGUUGCCAGCUUUGGUGGGUACCUCUUAGCUGAAGAGAUUUUAACUCUCUCCUUUGCUCCAAGGGAUUCACACAAAUCACAAAUACAAUUUGCAUUAGAAAGAGGAAUACCAGCAUUUGUUGCCAUGCUUGGUACUCGCAGACUUCCAUUUCCUGCUUUCUCAUUUGACUUGGUGCACUGUUCUCGGUGUUUGAUCCCCUUUACUGCAUAUAAUGCGACAUAUUUUGUAGAAGUUGAUCGGUUACUCCGCCCAGGAGGGUACAUAGUCAUCUCUGGUCCCCCUGUGCAGUGGCCUAAACAAGAUAAGGAAUGGGCAGAUCUCCAGUCAGUAGCUAGGGCAUUGUGUUAUGAGCUGAUUGCAGUGGAUGGGAACACUGUCAUCUGGAAAAAGCUUAAUGGGGAUGCAUGUCUCCCAAACCAAAAUGAAUUUGGGUUUGCAUUGUGUGACGAAUCUGAUGAUCCAAGUAAUGCAUGGUACUUCAAGUUAAAGAAAUGUGUUAGCAGGACAUCCUCUAUCAAAGGAGAAUAUGGUGUUGGGAUUGUUCCAAAGUGGCCGGAGAGGCUAACAAAAGCUCCUUCAAGGGCCAAACUUAUGAAAAAUGGAAUGGAUGUGUUUGAUGCUGACACCCGGCGGUGGGCAAGGAGAGUUGCAUACUAUAAAAAUUCUUUGGAAUUGAAGCUGGGGACUCCAGUGAUACGAAAUGUCAUGGACAUGGAUGCAUUUUUUGGUGGCUUUGCUGCUGCACUAUUAUCGGAUCCUGUGUGGGUGAUGAAUGUAGUUCCUGCUCGCAAGCUUUCAACACUUGGCAUCAUUUAUGACAGAGGUCUGAUUGGAGUCUACCAUGAUUGGUGUGAGCCUUUCUCUACGUAUCCUCGGACGUAUGAUCUCAUCCAUUUAUCUGCUGUAGAGUCACUUAUAAAAGAUCCAGGCUCUGGAAAGAGAAGAUGUAACCUUGUGGAUUUAAUGGUGGAGAUCGAUAGAAUGCUGCGACCUGAAGGAACAGUCGUGGUUCGAGAUUCCCCCGAAGCGAUUGACAAAAUAGCUCGUGUUGCUCAUGCUGUAAGAUGGACUGCCACUAUACAUGAAAAGGAACCUGAAUCUCACGGGAGGGAGAAAAUUCUUGUAGCAACAAAAAGCUUUUGGAAGCUAUCAUGAGCAUCCCACUGACACUUCUUCAUAAUGUAGGUAACCUUUGUAGAUUCUUUUGUUCUUGAGUUGAAGCUUGAGAUGUCAUUACUGUGAGCCUCAUAUAGUGCAACUUUCUUUCUUCUUCUGGUUUAGGGCAAAAAAUAGCCAUGCCAGAACGUGAAGUAUAGAUGGAGUUAUUAUGUUUGAUUACUUUACAAUGAUAAGCUUAUUGAUUUAUGUUCCAAAUGAUAAUCUUGGCAAAAUCGGGGUUUGCUG